GACCAGACCUACCAGAUGAUAGCCGACACUUGGUUAUGGCUAAUUAAUGGAGUCAUGCGCGCAGUCAUAUGUGGAAUCAUAACACCUGUGUCAAUAAUAGGAAAGCCGGCAGUUCGUCAGUAAACCCAAACACUGAUUAGCGGACCAGCAGUGGAGACCAGACGCAGUACCCAGAAUCUAAACAGUUGCAUUCCAUUCUGAGCUAUAUAAAGCAUAGGGACCAUUUGAUCAUUGUCUUUAGUUUCUAUCUAACUUCCAAUAGUGAAUAAUGUGUUAGUUUUAAGUUAGGUUUAAGGAAAUAAAAGUUUUUUUUUACUCAACCGAGUAGAGAAAAGCCUAAUUGGCGCCCGAAUAAAAGUGACAGUGAAAAUCUUAGUAAGGAGUUUCAGUUACACAGUGAUCAGUUAAGCUCUGCAAGCACGCCGUAUUAGAGGAUAGUGCGCAACUUAGUUAAAGUGUCUUCGAGUUCACACGUCAGAGUAGUGGAACGAAGUGAAACUUCCGAAACAUAACAAUAUCACAAUCAACAGUCAACGAUUGUAGCCGUAUUGAGAGGUGCCCGAGUACCGAAAGAAAAAGGGAAUCAACCGCAAUACCGAGACGGUUAGGAGAUUAUCACUGGAGCGAGUGUAGACCUGAUCACAGGGAAUCCGGCCUUGUCUACACGGAGUAAUAGGAUUCGAUAACCCGACCUGCGACCACAACUUGGAAGAAGCGUCACCGAUACAGGAUAGACGAUUUCCGGUCACGGAUCCCGCAGUCGUGUGCGUACCACACGAUGGUCAAAAGUAAACUAUUUAUUAUUGUUUCCAUUACAUUUUAUUUUACAUUUAUUAAUUCACUUAUGCAUAUCCAUGAUCUUUCAAAUAGCCCACUUGCAAUAAUACCAUUAGGAGAAGCCAAGAUUAAGAUUGGUUUUGUUAGAAUUAUACAUCCUAUAGACUUAGAUGAUAUAAAAGAAGUUAUAUUGAAAAUUAACAAAGAUGUUCAACAAAGAGAAAUUUGUAAUAGUUUACAGGAGCUUAUCAAAAUUAAAAAUCAGAAACUUUAUGAAACUUAUUUGAAAAUUAAACCCUUUACAAGAAGAUUUAAAAGAUGGGAUGCAAUAGGAUCAACAUGGAAAUGGAUUGCAGGAUCACCGGAUGCGGAGGAUUUACGAAUUAUAAACUCAUCAAUUAAUUCGCUUGUCAACAACAAUAAUCAGCAGAUUAUGAUCAACAGAGCACUAAAUGCGCAGAUGCAAGGAAUAACGGACGUUACUAAUGAACUCUUAAGGAAACAAUAUGACGCAAUGCAGAAUCACUCGAUUGAAAUAAGUAAAUUGAUAAUUUUAUCAAAUUUAGAUUUAUUGCAGAACCAGAUGGAAACACUAGAGGAUGCUAUACUCUUGGCUAAGCAUGGAAUUCCCAGUAGUAAGUUGUUGUCAAUUCACAGCUUUAACCAUAUCGCAACAUCAUUACAGCAACACGAUAUUUACCUAUCAUCAUUCGAAGAAUUAUUAACCAGAUCAACAGCACAGGUAGUACUGAAUUCAACGCAUAUAGUCUACAUAUUGAAAAUUCCCCAGCUAUCGAAAGAGAUUUAUGAAUAUGAUUACAUUGAUUCUAUUAUAAAAGAUGAAAAACGGAUCAUUCUACAACAAAACUUUAUUUUGAGAAAUACAACACAUAUAUUUGAAACAAAUCAACCCUGUAUUGAGCAAGAUGGAUAUUAUCUUUGCGAAACAUUACCACUAACAUAUACAUCGGAAUGCAUCGAUUUACUGAUUAAAGGAAAACAUUCAAAUUGCAGCUUUGAGAGGAUUUACUCGAAUGGAAUCAUCAAGAGAAUCAACGAUGGAACAAUUCUGGUAAACAACGCAGUUGUGGAAGUUUCUUCGAAUUGUAGUAACUCAGAUCAAAAACUGAACGGAACAUAUUUAAUUCAGUUUGAGCAGUGCAGUUUACGAAUCAACGGAGAACUUUACUCUAAUUUUGAAAUCUCAAUAGCAGGACGAGCUUAUAUGCCGACAACUGGACAGCUUGUUCACCAAAUCAAUAUAAUUGAUGCACCACCACCGGAGUAUUUACGAAAUCUUACACUGGAACAUCGUGAUAAAUUGGAACAGAUACAUUUGGAGAAUCGUUCAUUAUCAUGGAAAUUCAACGUCUUUGGAUCAAUUGGAUUAUCUACAGUGUCAAUGAUAAUCAUAAUCAUAAUUGUUAUGCUUUACUUUUCAAAACUCUCUUUCACCAGAAUAAACCUAGAAAUGCCAAAACAAGAGAUACCUCUGAAGGAGUUAGCCACAGCACCUGAGGAAUUAAGCAAUGAGUCAUCGGAUGAAUUAUCAGACGACAGAAGACGAGAAAUCGAAAGUUUUGUCAACAUGCCUUCACCGUACAGGAAUGUGAGCCAAACGCUUAGUCAACUUUGCGGACAAAGUUGAUUUAAGAGGGGAGGAGUUACGACCAGACCUACCAGAUGAUAGCCGACACUUGGUUAUGGCUAAUUAAUGGAGUCAUGCGCGCAGUCAUAUGUGGAAUCAUAACACCUGUGUCAAUAAUAGGAAAGCCGGCAGUUCGUCAGUAAACCCAAACACUGAUUAGCGGACCAGCAGUGGAGACCAGACGCAGUACCCAGAAUCUAAACAGUUGCAUUCCAUUCUGAGCUAUAUAAAGCAUAGGGACCAUUUGAUCAUUGUCUUUAGUUUCUAUCUAACUUCCAAUAGUGAAUAAUGUGUUAGUUUUAAGUUAGGUUUAAGGAAAUAAAA